AAGGAUCGUAAUAAACUUGCCUUCUAAGGAAGAGCUGGGGACAUUUUCAUCUUGCCUCAGAAAAACUAAGCUACGAAUACUUCUGCCAAAGGCCUAUUAAUUAAGCCAAACGGCCCUGGCCCAUGAUUUGACUUGAGCUGUUGUUUUGCACAACCAGUUCUCCUUUUCUCUAUAGCUGAUUGGCUCAGGAGUGUUUUUCCGCACAGCCAGUUCUCCUUUCCUCCGCAGCUGAUUGGCUCUGGAGCCCAGCUAGAAGUCUGCGUCCUGUAAUAAAGGAGUCUCCAGCUGUUGAUCAGGGUAUUUUCUCUAUUCUAAGAGAUGUCGCUUGCCAUCUCUGUCCUCCGGUUGGCCAUCUGCAUCCUGUCAUUUCCCAUCUAUCUCCUGAAUUUUCUGGGCUUGUGGAGCUGGAUAUGCAAAAAAUGGUUUCCCUACUUCUUGGCGAGUUUCACUGUGACAUACAACGAGCAGAUGGGAAACAAGAAGCGAGAGCUCUUCAGCAACCUGCAGGAGUUUGCGGGACCCUCCGGGAAACUCUCCCUGCUGGAAGUGGGCUGUGGCACCGGAGCCAACUUCAAGUUCUACCCACCCGGGUGCAGGGUGACCUGUAUUGACCCCAACCCCAACUUUGAGAAGUUCUUGUUCAAGAGCAUUGCCGAGAACCGACACCUGCAGUUUGAACGCUUCGUGGUGGCUGCUGGGGAGAACAUGAACCAGGUGGCCGAUGGCUCUGUGGAUGUGGUGGUCUGCACCCUGGUGCUAUGCUCCGUGGAGAACCAGGAGCAGAUUCUCCGUGAGGCGUGCAGAGUGCUGCGGCCGGGAGGGGCAUUUUAUUUCAUGGAGCAUGUAGCAGCUGAGCAUUCGACCUGGAAUUACUUCUGGCAGCAGGUCCUGGAUCCUGUCUGGUACCUUGUGUUUGACGGGUGUAACCUGACCAGAGAGAGCUGGAAGGCCCUGGAGCAAGCCAGCUUCUCGAAACUGAAACUGCAGCACAUACAGGCCCCACUGUCCUGGGCGCUGGUGCGUCCUCAUAUCUAUGGGUAUGCUGUGAAGUAGUGUGGGGUAGCAGUGGAGAGCAGAAUGGCUCAAAUAAUUCAAGGCUUCAGUUUUACAUUUUAAAAUACUAAUUGGGAAAAUGGAAAUCUCUGUUUUCAGGUAAAAUUGAAUUCAGUCCUUAAAAGUUUGUUAUAUCCAUUUGUUAUUAACCAUUUUUUGUGGUCUUCCACAGAAUCAAAACCAAACCAAACCAAGCCAGCUUUGAACUCUUCCUUCAAAGAAAGCAGUGGAAAUCCACCAUUAUCUCCAAACCUUACUUCAUUCAGUGGUUUAGGAAUUUUUCCAAUUGCCUAAUUUAAAUUGCUACCUAACAGAUUUUUGUUUUGUUUUUUGAGAUAGGGUCUUGCCACAUAACACAGAUUGGCUGAAUUUGGUCAAUUUAUGUAGCCAGGCUGGCCUCGAACUUGUAAUCCUUCUGCCUGAGCCUCUCUAUAGUGCUGGGAUUACAGAAGUGAGCCACUACACCAGGUUCUACUCAACAGAUUUUAACUUCACCUCCUCUUUGAGAGGUUGGUGCUAAGGAGCAGUUAAAUUGCUUCAAGACUUGGAAAUGGAAACAGUGAGACAACCUUAACAGUUCACAAACUGAAUAAAGAAGUACUAACUGAAAAUCCAAGUCUUAACACAGAUUUUCUGAAAAAGAAAUCUGAACCUGUUUGUUAUUCUUAGUGUCAUUGGUUUAGCCACAUGUAAUUCUGCCCAGCUUUAUGUUUCUUCCUCCAAUAUUCCACCAAAGUUUGUUUACCUGCAUUGUAGUCCUCCACUCUUACAGGCUGUAUCUGACACAUAAGUAUAACCAUAAGACUACACACGGCAAGUCAGGUUCUUGGGUUCACUUUCCUUAUCAUCUAGCACAUACUUCACUGAAUAUAGUAGAUUACAGGCAGGAAAGGGCCCACUGUAACUAGGAAAAGCAUGUGUAAUUAGGUACACUGUGUAAAGAACCCUGAAAAAGCAAUCUGUAAGACUAUUAAGAAGUAGGCAAGUAUUUUUUGGAUUACUGUGAUCAAAUUCCACUCUUGUCUCAAGACAGCUUAUUAUUUGCAAUUAUAGAAACCAUGAAAACCAUCACAAGUGCUUUGAGAACAAGUGGUAGGUGUGUCAGUCAGAGGAUUUAAUAGGAUUUUCAGCAAUACUUUAUAUGUAUUUAAGAAAUGCAGUAUAUUUUCUGAAAUGAUUUUAUGGUACUAUUUUAAAUAUCAAAUAACCAAUAAAUUCAUAUUCAUUUUAGUAAUGGAAAUAAAAAAGUUUAUGUCUUUGCUACCUUCGAUCCGUUUUUCUUAAUGUCUCUGAGAAGACUUACCUUUCUACAGUCAGGUAGGUAUAAACACAGCUAGUAGAUUUUAGAAAAAGAAAUCUUAAAGGAUCAGAAUAGGUUUUUGAAAAGUUCAAGUCCAAAGAUCUCAUUUGUGAAAUGCACAGAGCAGGAAGAAAGCAAGCUGAAUGUUCUACCUCCUGAAUAGUUAGUGGUGUAGUUAGGAUGGAUGCUCACCUAAGGCCUCUUUAGCUCUGGAAAGUGACUCUCCUUCCUCAAGUCUUCCCAAGAUAGGAACUCCUUUAUCUUACCCACUUCACUAUUAGUUAGGUUGGCCUAGUGACUGAGAGCUAUGUAAAGCACAGGUGUACCUGGUGACAUGUUAUCAUCACACUGGAAGAUAAUGCUGACUAGAGUACUAGAGCACAUUCUUACUAAUUUCCUCUUGUCUCAAUGGUGUGGCAAUUAUCCUCAUUUUUUUGUUGUUUUGGUGAUUGAACUCAGGGCCUCUAAGUAAGCACUCUACAACUUGCCCUAGUCUAGUGUCCUCACUUUUGAUAGAGAAAACUGAGGGAUAGAGAAAUAAAUAAAUGAACUUUCUUACAGUUAUUCUACAUGUUACUUAAGUUUUAGGAAGCCUGAUUUCCUAAAUUACAAAAUCUGCUUGACAAUCACUGCCACCAUAUGAGCUUACAGCUUUCCUCCUUUGGUCCAGAGAACACAUACCCACUCUAAGAGCCCUAGGAAGUAACUUAAGCCUGUGCAAAAGGGAAAAACCAUAACAAAAAGGCAAAAGAUGUUCAGUGUUUUUCAUGUCUUAUGUUGAUUCCAAGUGACAGAAUCCCACCCCCCCAUCCAAACAGUCUUAUGCUUAAAAAUGACUUUACUGAUGCAAAUUAGUGAAAAGCCCAGGGGCAGUAAGCUUCAGGCACAGCUGAAGCAAGACUCAGGUAAUGUUAUCAGGAGCCAGUCUUUACGGUCUUAUCUGCCCUCCUUCUCCAUUUGUCCCAUUAGGUAACACAAGUUGGCAGAUGUAGUUCCAAUCUUCAUCCUUACAGGGCCCAAGGCCAGUUGGAAAGAGAAAGUUCACUUUCACAAGAACGCCAACCAAAAUCCCGAAUUGAGUCUAAUUAAUUGUCUGAUCGACCAUACUGGGUCACAAGUCCAUCCCUCAACCAACCCUUAUGGUAAGAUGGCAGGAAUGAACUAUACUAACUGGCUUGCAUAUAGGUUACAGAGCUUCCUCCCUGGGGGAGAGGAAAUGUGUAUAUCCCGAUGAAAACAAAGCCUAUGACAGGGAUAAGAAUUUGAAAUGGAUGCUGGGAAAGCACACAACAUUGGUGAAUUUUGAGCAAAUCACUGAAGGGAGAUCACAUAGUACAACAUUAAGAAAGCUGACUUUUCUGUGGAAUAACUGCAUGCCACAAGGAAAAUAAAAAAAUAAAAUGAAAUUUUGGCUUUGGCAUCAAAGUGAUCUAGGUUAUGUCCUCACUGUGUUCUAUUCUGGUAUAUUGAUCAUUUAAAAGUAUGGGGAAGACAGUAGAUACAAAAGAUCACUUUGGGCAGCGGAGUGACUCAAGUGGUAGAGUGGCUGCCUAGCAAGCAUGAAUCCUAGAGUCCAAACCCCAGUGCUGUCAAAAAAAAAAAAAAUCACUUUGAUCUUUGUGCUGUUUCUCAAAAGCAAAAGAUGAAAUUCCCAUGUGAAAGAUGUUCUUCCUCUACUAGGAAGAUGAAAUAUCCUUAUCAAAGAGGAGACAAAGG